AUGGCGCUAUUAGUAAGAUGGAUAUGUUACGCUUGCAGAAAUAUAGCGUCCGCAGACAGGCAACAAAGGCCCUGUGAUAUUAUGUAGGCCACAAGAAAUACGAGGCGGCCGGUUGAAACUUCCACUGAUGCACGACGUCGAACUCAGAGGGAGUGGCAAACGCGUUGCAAAUUCGUUCUUUGUUCGUUUGAAGUUAGUUCCGAAUCGUACGUGUCGAUUGUUCCGAUUUCUAUCGAGAGCAUUAGGAUUCCGGUCAGAAAGUGGAGGAUUUCCGUGUAGCGAGGUUAGACAAACGACGCGACGAAAGCGGAACAGAACAGACGAAAAAAGAACUCGGCGAAAUUUAAUUUCUCGAGAACAUCCAGAACGCUGA